AGUAGCUCGUUCGUUUGUACGCUCGCCAGCCAUAUGUUUUUGAUACGCCAGCAGUAAAGCAAAAGUGCAGACCGUCAAGUCAAUUGUUGGCAUUAAAAAGUGACAAAUCGUUGAGCGUCGCGUUUGAUUAUUACGUGUAUUGUUCGCAGUUUGAAAGUUAAAUGCUUGAUAAGUAAUCGCAAACGCCUUGUGGUGCAAAGUUAAAAGAAAACACUCGUUUAUUUUUAUUUUUGACUACUGAAUAAUGUUUUUAUUGUUGUUCUUGCAAUGUUGACGGCAAAGUGAGCGCGCACGCCUGGUCGCAUUAAUUAUUAAUUCAAAUUAAUUAAUCGCCAUAAAUGAAGGCAAACAAAUUUGCCGACUAACAAAGCAAACUACCCAAUUUGAGCGUAAACUAAGAAAAAAACAAAACAUACAAAAAAAAAGAUUUAAAGUUAAAGUGAAAAAAACACAGAAACAAAGCAAAGUUGUGCAAAUUUAUGUGUUGCUUUGUACUUCCAAUUCAGCAAAAAACUAAACGAAAAAUGCGAUACGCCAGGUUAAUCGAGUGUCCACUGUGAAAUCGCCACUCUAAACUGCUGCACGCUUUCUGACUCAAUUUUCAAUUGAAACCAAAGUGUGCCCUUACACAAAACAUUAAUUGCGAAUAGUCCCCCCGCCAUAACCAAACUCCUUCUCGCCACCUCGCUGCCCCAUGUUAAAGCUGUCAUCCACAGGAAUGACGGUCACUGGUUUACGCACAAGCAUGACAAGUCCGACGGUACCGCCGCAAACCGCGUCCGCUGCCAUCACCACCGCCAUGACCAUGACCAGCCCCAGCACGAUUGUUGUAAGCCCCGCACACCUCAUCAGCGGUAAUAACAGCAGCAACAACAACUCCACCAACAACAGCGCCAACUCCAACAUAAAUCGCAGUAGCAGCAACAGCAGCCCCACAUCACCUUCCACACUCCUGCUAACGCAUCAGCAACAUCAAACGCUGCAACAACAAUUGUUACCGUUGCACACACAAUCGCCGCAUAGUCACCCGCAUCAUCAGUUGAAUAAGACAAGCUCGCGUUUAAGCAAUUUCAGUGUCGCCUCACUUUUGGCUGAUACGCGACCAGCGGCUACACUAUCGCCCACACGCACACACAGCGCCGAAGCGAUGCAAACGGAGCCACGCAAUUUGUCCAACAACACGCCAGCCGUCACGUUAUCACCUGUUUCGCCUGCCGGUUCCUCACCCGCCUCACCAACCGCCACACAUAACGCGCAUCCCCUCACACCCCAUGCGUCGCCCCACUCUACUCAUCCGUCACAUCCACAUCCUCACGCACAUUUUCAUCCUGCCGCCGUUGCACAUCACGCGCACCUACUGCAUGCUGCAGCAGCUGCACACGCGCAGCAACAACAUGCCGCCGCUGUGGCUGCCGCUGCUGCGGCGCAACAAGCCGCCGUUGCGGCAGCGGCUAAUGCUGGCGCAUCGCCGCAUUUGCAUGUCACAUCAGCGCAUUUACGUCACACACUAAGCGGCAGCUCAGCAGAAGCGCCCACUAAUCUAGUUACCACGGAAGGAAGCAGCAAUGCGCAACAACAACACUCUUCAGCGCGUGCCGGUUCACCAGGCAUGCAUACGAACGGUCCCAGCGCCGAAACGUCGUCCUCAUCGUCCGCAACAGCGCUGCUAGCCAAACAUGAACGUCAUUCGCCCAUCGGCAGCUCAGUGGAUUCCGAGUUGGAGUAUGAUGAUGAAUACAAUGAACAUGAGCAUGAUGGAGAGCACGAGCAUGAUCAAGAGGAGGAUUCGAUUGUGGAUAUUGAAGAUAUGAAUGCGGAUGAUUCGCCGCGUUCAACGCCAGAUGGCUUGGAUAGCAGCAAGUCGCCAGAGGUGCUUAGCAGUCAUAUGACCAACUCACCGCAUCUACUCUCCCCAGCUGCGCUGGCAGCUUCAGGUCAUGUGCCCAUUAGGCCGACACCGUUUAGCGCGCUAGCGGCAGCCGCUGUGGCGUGGGGUGGCAUCGGCGGUGGAGUGCCGUGGCCAGGUGCGCGUCAAAUGCCACCAUUCGGACCACCUGGGCUGUUUCCAGGACAAGGAUUCGGUGGAGGUGAUAACAAUGAACCGCCACGCAUUAAAUGUAAUCUGCGCAAACACAAACCGAAUCGCAAACCACGCACACCUUUCACCACCCAACAGCUACUCUCGCUGGAGAAGAAAUUCCGCGAAAAACAAUACCUCAGCAUAGCAGAGCGUGCUGAGUUUUCCUCGUCUCUGCGUCUAACCGAAACGCAAGUGAAAAUCUGGUUUCAAAAUCGCCGCGCCAAAGCGAAACGUCUGCAAGAAGCCGAAAUUGAAAAGAUUAAAAUGGCCGCACUAGGACGUGGCGGACCGGGUGCGCAAUGGGCGAUGGCCGGCUACUUUCAUCCGAGUCUAAUGCAUUUGGGAUAAAAAGGAAGUGAAGCAAGUAUUCUACUACGAGUAUGUAAAGGUACACCUAAAGUUGUGGCAUGAAAUUCCGGCCUACAUCAUUCGCUAGAACCCAUAAGGUAUAAUACAUAUACAUGCAUACAUACAUACGUAGGAAUAUACUGAGUCAUGUUAGCAGGCUUUGCCCUCGUCGGAGUUCAAGAUGGUAUCUGAGUUCGCCCACUCAACUCUUAUUGCAUACUGAACACACUUUUGUUUAUUGGAUACGCAAACUUUAGUGGGAUUCUAAAAUAUCUUAACGCUAAAAAUAUAUCGCCAAAAGCUACAAUGAAUAGAACACCGGGUAAUUGCAUUUAGUGAAUUUUUUGGCGAUGUGAUUUUAGCGUUGGCUAAAAAUUUCACAAUUAACAUUAGUUUUCUUAUUUAUAAAUAUAUAUUCGUAGAUUUACUUACCCAAAUUGCUGUGAUGU